AUGCCCAACCGGAUAAUAACGUUAUUAUGCUUGGCGGUGGCGUUGAUGCUCGCUUUUGUUAGCUCAGGGGCUCGCGCUGCUGUCAUGUCGAUCGAUUACGGCACCGAAUGGUUCAAAGUGGGCCUCAUCAAACCAGGGAUUCCUCUCGAUGUCGCACUGAACAAGGACUCCAAACGCAAAACACAAGCCAUGGUCACCUUGCGUGAAGAUCAGCGUGUCUAUGGAUCAGAUUCGCUUGCUUUGGCCGGUCGUUUCCCACAAUCGACUUUUCCCAACCUCAAGAACCUUAUUGGCAAACCCUAUGACGACAAGCAUUGUGUCGAAUAUCGCAACCGUUUCGUCAACAAUAUGAUCUCCAAUCCUGAUCGCGGCACACCCCUCUUUCACUUGGAUGAUAAGACCGACCUUACAGUGGAAGAGUUGAUUGCAUAUCAAUUCCAAAAUGCUCGUGAACAAGCGAGGAAUACGGCCGGUGAGGAUGUCAAGGAUGUGGUCAUUACGGUUACUCCUUUUGCCACGCAAUAUGAACGACAAGCGAUUUUGGAUGCUGCUGAGUUGGCUGGAUUGAAUGUCUUGUCUUUGAUCCAUGAUGAAACAGCAGUGGCUCUCAAUUAUGCCGUGAGUCGUGAAUUCUCCAACACGCCUGAAUAUCACAUCUUUUAUGAUAUGGGUGCAGGAUCCACUGUUGCAUCGUUGGUGUCAUUUUCCAAUGUCAAGGAGGGUAAAUCAAAAAAGACGGUGCCCCAAUUGGAAGUCAAGGCUGUGGGUUUUGAUCGCACCUUGGGUGGCCACGAAUUCGACGUGCGUUUGCGUGAUCUGCUGGCAGACAAAUUUAUGCAACAACACAAGCCAACUUCCGAUAUCCGACAAUCCAAUACUGCCAUGGCACGUCUCCUCAAGGAAGCUACUCGUGUCAAGCAAAUCUUGAGUGCUAAUCAGGAAACCAGCGCUUCUGUUGAGAGCUUGUUUGAAGACAUUGAUUUCAAGGUUAAGGUCACUCGCGCCGAACUUGAAAACUUGUGUGCCGACUUGCUUGAUCGUGUUCAAGGUCCAAUUCAGGCUGCAUUGGAAGCCGCUGGUAUGAAAGUGGAUAAUAUCAAGUCUCUUGUGUUGGUGGGUGGUAGCGUACGCAUCCCAGCUGUCCAAAGACAUUUAUCACAAACCGUUGGAGCUGACAAGAUUGCAAAGAACGUCAAUGGCGAUGAAGCUGCAGUGUUGGGUGCUGCAUUCCGUGGUGCUUCUUUGAGCAACCAAUUCCGCUUGACCAAGCAAAUCAAAAUCAAAGAUAUCACCGUGUAUCCCAUUGAAGUUACUUAUCAACCUGAAGGACCACAAGAUCGUAAGCCUAUCCAUACCGUCCUCUUCAAUGAAUUUGGCACUAUUGGCACACGCAAGAUCAUGACUUUUAAGCGCGAGAGCGAUUUCGAUUUUGAUCUCAUCUAUGGCAAGAGUGUGGAACAGCAGGAUGCUGAUCUUGGAAUGAACCAGAUCGCCAAGGUCAAGGUCACCGGACUUACUGAAGCACUUGAAAAGUACCAAGAGGACAUUAAGGCUUCCGAACAACCACCCAAGGUGAAGGUUGCUAUUGAUUUGACCAACUCUGGUUUGGUGUCUGUUGCCGAAGCCAGUGUUAGUAUCCAAGUCAAGGAUCCUUCCUCUAGCACCUUCUCAGACAAGGUCAAAUCUUUCUUUGGAUCCAAGGAUGAAGAAUCAUCUAACGAGGAUGACAAGGAGGCUCCUGCUCAAGACCAAAACAAGACCGAACCUGAAAAUCAAGAUGACAAAAAGGCAGAGGAUGCCAAGGACAAGGAACCAACAAUGAAAAAGAUUACUCUUCAAGUCCAAGUCAUCCCUACAGGUCCUCCUCCAAUGACCCAACAAGAGAAGAUGGUGGCACAAAAUCGUAUUCGUGAGCUUGAUGCUUUGGAUGAGAAGCGACGUCUUUGGGAAGAAUCUCGUAACAACCUUGAAUCAUUCGUGUAUCGUGUGCAGGAUUUCCUUUACGACGACAUUGUUUCUAUCAUUUCCACCGAGGAGCAACAAGAGACUUUGCGUGAACAACUUUCGGAAACAUCGGAUUGGUUGUAUGAUGAAGGUGAAUCUGCUGAUACAGCUGUGUACCUUGAACGCUUGCGUAAACUCCAACAACUUGAGCGUCCUAUUACUUUCCGCCGACAAGAAUUCAUCCAACGCAGUGACAACAUUGACAAGAUCACUUCCAGUGUUGAGUUGGCUCGUGCCUUUGUUGAUGGCAUUCGUAGCAAGACUGAGGAGGAGGAACGCUACCACACGGAUGAAGAGCUUGACAGCUUAUUGGAGCACACGGAUCGUCUUGAAAAGUGGAAGAAUGACAAGGUCACUGCUCAAGAGCAAUUGCCAAAUCAUGUGGAGCCCGUGUUCACCACUGCUGAGACACGUCGAAGAUGCCAAGAGCUUGAUGAUGCUUUAAUGAAACUCAUGCGCAAAAAGAAACCCAAAGCCAAGAAGCAACAACAACAACCUCCCAAGAAUGAAACCUCCCAAGAGGAUGAACCCACCACCCAUCAAGAAAAUGAAAAGGACGACUCCACGGAUGAGAAGCCUUCAAGCAACAAUGAUGAAAAGCAAGAAGAGCAACGUGAUCAUGACGAACUUUAG